UGCGAAACGCCAGCACCCGAAGGGAACUUUCCUUCUCGGAGUGGCCAGGGUGGUGUUCCAAACUGGAGCAAGACGGGCAGCCUUGAUCUUUCUUUAAAAAUGAAGAAAAUUGGAGGCAACGAGCAGCCCCGGACACUCUGUGCUGCCUGGACGGCGCUUGGCUGACCCUAGAGGGAGGAGCAGGAGGGUGCUGGGGCGGGGUCGCACAGCCACCGGGCGGGGACUGCCCCACUCACGUGGAAAGCCCCCAGCCGGGCGCACGCGCUCCCAUUCAAAGCAGCCCGGCAGCACCGCUGCUGCGGAGACGCGCCCACCCGGCCCUGUGCUGCGCCUGCCAGCCAGGGGUCCGCAGUCACCGCUCGGCGUCUCCGCCAGAACCAUGGCGCGACUGGUGACGCUUAGCCGCCCGGGAUUCCUGGCACGCCUCAUCCGUGGCACCUGGUGCCUCCUCUGUGUCGCAGGACAGGUAUGUGGAGACCAAAGCCAAGGGGCUGUUUUCCUGAGGGAAUUCACACUGAUUCGAAGAGAGAGCCUUCAUGAAGAUUUCCUGUCUGACUUCUUGAAUAGUCACAAAACCGAAGACCCGAGUUCCAGGACUGCACGCUCAGAGGAAGACCGUGAAGGCCUCUGGGAUGCCUGGGGCCCUUGGAGUGAGUGUUCCCGAACCUGUGGUGGAGGUGCCUCCUAUUCCCUGAGACGUUGCCUGAGCAGCAAGAGCUGUGAAGGAAGAAAUAUUCGAUACAGAACAUGCAGUAAUGUGGACUGCCCACCAGAAGCAGGUGAUUUCCGAGCUCAACAGUGUUCUGCUCAUAAUGACGUCAAGUACCAUGGCCAGUUUUAUGAAUGGCUUCCUGUGUCUAAUGACCCUGACAAUCCAUGCUCACUCAAGUGCCAAGCAAAAGGAACCAGCCUGGUUGUUGAACUAGCACCAAAGGUCUUAGACGGUACAAGAUGCUAUACAGAAUCACUGGAUAUGUGCAUCAGCGGCCUAUGCCAAAUUGUUGGCUGUGAUCACCAGCUGGGAAGCACCGUCAAGGAGGAUAACUGUGGAGUGUGCAACGGAGAUGGCUCAACCUGCCGGCUGGUCCGAGGGCAGUAUAAAUCUCAGCUCUCUGCAAGUAAAUCGGAUGACACUGUGGUCGCCAUUCCUUACGGCAGCAGACACAUCCGCCUUGUCUUAAAGGGGCCAGAUCAUUUGUAUCUGGAAACCAAGACACUCCAGGGGACUAAAGGUGAAAACAGUCUGAGCUCUACAGGCACUUUCCUUGUGGACAAUUCUACAGUGGACUUCCAGAAACUUCCAGACAAAGAGAUACUGAGGAUGGCCGGGCCACUGACAGCAGAUUUCAUCAUCAAGAUCCAUGAUGCAGGACCUGCAGACAGCACAAUCCAGUUCAUCUUCUACCAGCCCAUCAUCCACCGAUGGAGGGAAACAGACUUCUUUCCUUGCUCAGCAACAUGUGGUGGAGGUUACCAGCUGACGUCUGCCGAGUGCUAUGAUCUCCGGAGUAACCGAGUGGUGGCUGACCAGUACUGUCACUACUAUCCCGAGAACAUCAAGCCCAAACCCAAGCUUCAGGAGUGCAACUUGGAUCCUUGUCCAGCCAGUGACGGAUACAAGCAGAUCAUGCCCUAUGACCUCUACCAUCCCCUUCCUCGGUGGGAGGCCACCCCGUGGACCGCGUGCUCCUCCUCGUGUGGGGGGGGCAUCCAGAGCCGGGCAGUUUCCUGUGUGGAGGAGGACAUCCAGGGGCAUGUCACUUCAGUGGAAGAGUGGAAAUGCAUGUACACCCCAAAGAUGCCAAUCGUGCAGCCCUGCAACAUUUUUGACUGCCCUAAAUGGCUGGCACAGGAGUGGUCUCCGUGCACAGUGACCUGUGGCCAGGGCCUCAGAUAUCGUGUGGUACUCUGCAUUGACCACCGAGGAAUGCACACAGGAGGCUGCAGUGCAAAAACAAAGCCCCACAUAAAAGAAGAAUGCAUCAUUCCCACACCCUGCUACAAGCCCAGAGAGAAACUUCCAAUAGAAGCCAAGCUGCCAUGGUUCAAGCAAGCCCAGGAGCUAGAGGAGGGAGCUGCUGUGUCUGAAGAGCCUUCGUUCAUCCCAGAAGCUUGGUCUGCCUGCACUGUCACUUGUGGUGUGGGAACCCAGGUGCGAAUAAUAAGAUGCCAGGUGCUCCUGCCUUUCUCUCAGUCUGUGGCUGACCUGCCUGCGGAUGAAUGUGAAGGGCCCAAGCCAGCCUCACAACGUGCCUGUUAUGCGGGACCGUGCAACGGGGAAACUCCUGAAUUUAACCCAGAUAAUGGAGACGGACUCUUGGGUGGCCUGCAGGACCUAGACGAGCUGUAUGACUGGGAAUAUGAGGGCUUCACCAAGUGCUCUGAGUCAUGUGGAGGAGGUGUCCAGGAGGCUGUGGUAAGCUGCCUGAACAAACAGACCCGGGAGCUAGCUGAUGAGAACCUGUGUGUGACCAGCCGACGGCCCCCACAGCUCCUGAAAUCCUGUAACUUGGAUCCCUGCCCAGCAAGGUGGGAAAUUGGCAAGUGGAGUACAUGUAGCCUCACCUGUGGGGUUGGCCUGCAGACCAGAGAUGUUGUCUGCUCCCACCUACUCUCCAGAGAGAUGAAUGAGGUUGUUGUCCUGGCUGAUGAGCUGUGCCAUCACCCCAAGCCCAGCACAGUGCAAGCCUGCAACCGUUUCAAUUGCCCCCCAGCCUGGUACCCUGCACAAUGGCAGAUGUGUUCCAGGACCUGUGGAGGAGGGAUUCAGAAACGUGAUGUUCUUUGUAAGCAGCGUAUGGCUGAUGGCAGCUUCCUAGAGCUUCCAGAGACCUUUUGUUCAGCCUCCAAACCAACCUCCCAGCAAGGGUGCAAGAAAGAUGACUGCCCCAGUGAGUGGCUUCUCUCAGACUGGUCAGAGUGCUCUGUAAGCUGUGGGGAGGGCACCCAGACUCGAAGUGCCAUUUGCCAGAGGGUGCUGAAAACGGGGGUCUCCACUAUUGUCAAUUCCACUCUGUGCCCUCCCCUGCCCUUCUCUUCUUCCAUCAGACCCUGUAUGCUGGCAACCUGUGCAAGGCCUGGCAGGCCUUCCACCAAGCACAGCCCUCACAUCGCAGCUGCACGAAACAUAUACAUCCAGACCCGCAGGCAGAGGAAGCUGCACUUCGUCGUGGGAGGAUUUGCUUACCUGCUUCCCAAGACUACUGUGGUGCUCCGGUGUCCCACGCGCAGAUUCCGCAAGCCCCUCAUCACGUGGGAGAAGGAUGGCCAGCACAGCAUCAGCUCCGCUCAUGUCACCGUGGCCCCUUUUGGCUACCUGAAGAUCCAUCGCCUCAAGCCCUCAGAUGCGGGCAUCUACACUUGUUCUGCAGGGCCCGCCCGGGAGCAGUUUGUGAUUAAGCUCAUUGGAGGCAACCGCAAGCUGGUGGCCAGGCCCCUGAGCCUUUGGAGUGAGGAAGAGGAGGCCUUGCAGGUGAGGAAGACCAAUCCAAAGGAGGCCUUGCAAACCCACAAACACCAAAACGGCAUCUUCUCCAACGGCAGCAAAGCUGAGAAGCGCGGCCUCACUGCAGAUCCUGGGAACCGCUAUGAUGACAUUGUGUCUAGGCUGUUGGAGCAGGGUGGCUGGCCAGGCGAGCUCCUGGCCUCGUGGGAGGUACAGGACUCCGCAGAAAGGAACGUAUCCUCGGAAGAGGAUCCCAAUGCUGAACAGGCCCUCCUGCAUCUGCCCUUCACCAUGGUGGCCGAGCAGAAGCGUCUGGAUGACAUCCUCAGGAACCUGUCCCAGCAGCCAGAGGAGCUACGAGACCUCUACAGCAAGCACCUGGUGGCCCAGCUAGCCCAGGACAUCUUCCGAAGCCAUUUGGAGAACCAGGAUGUGCUUCCCAAGCCCUCUGAGCAGAGGUUUCCUCCCAUGGCCGUCCCACCUCACAAACACGUCUCUAGCUUCAGCAGCUCCCUAAGGAGCUCAUCUGGAGAGGUUGGCGGUGGCUCCCGCAGGCCUCAUCGCAAGCCCACCAUCUUGCGGAAGAUCUCAGCAGCACAGCAACUCUCAGCCUCCGAGGUAGUCACCCACCUGGGGCAGACUGUGGCUCUAGCCAGCGGGACCCUGAGUGUGCUUCUGCACUGUGAGGCGGUAGGCAACCCAAGGCCCACCAUCCACUGGACCAGGAACGGAGAUGCUGUUCAGUUCAGUGACAGGAUUCUUCUACAGCCAGAUGAUUCCUUACAGAUCUUGGCACCAGUGGAAGCUGAUGUGGGUUUCUAUACUUGCAAUGCCACAAAUGCCUUGGGAUAUGACUCUGUCUCCAUUGCUGUCACAUUAGCAGGAAAGCCUCUAGUGAAAACGUCCCGAAUGACUGUGGUCAACACGGAGAAGCCUACAGUCACAGUGGAUAUCGGCGGCACUGUCAGAACCGUCCGAGGAGUGAACGUGACAAUUAACUGCCAAGUGGCAGGUGUACCUGAAGCUGAAGUCACUUGGUUCAGAAAUAAAAGCAAAUUGGGCUCCUCCCACCAUCUGCACGAGGGCUCCUUGCUGCUCCCAAAUGUGUCCUUCUCUGAUCAAGGCCUAUAUUCCUGCAGGGCAGCCAAUCUACACGGAGAACAGACAGAGAGCACACAGCUCCUGAUUCUAGAUCCCCCCCAAGUCCCCACACAGUUGGAAGACAUCAGGGCCUUGCUCUUAGCCACUGGACCGAACCUUCCUUCAGUGCUUAUGUCCCCUCUGGGAACACAGCUGGUCCUGGAUCCUGGGAAUUCCGCUCUCCUUGGCUGUCCCAUCAAAGGUCACCCCACCCCUAAUAUCACCUGGUUCCAAAAUGGCCAGCCAAUUGCCACUGCCCCAGAGCUGACCCACCACAUUUGGGGAGCUGGACAGAUCCUCCGCGUUGCAAAUCUCAGUGGAGGACCUCAAGGAGAAUUCAGCUGCCUGGCUCAGAAUGAAGCAGGGACCCUCGUGCAGAAAGCCUCUUUGGUGAUCCAAGAUUACUGGUGGUCUGUGGAUAGACUGGCGACCUGCUCAGCAUCUUGUGGUAAUAGAGGCGUUCAUCAGCCGCGCCUCAGGUGUUUACUGAACAGCACGGAGGUUGACCCUGAGCACUGUGCAGGAAAGCCUCGGCCCGCUGUGCAGCCUGUUGCCUGCAACCGGAGAGACUGUCCUUCACGAUGGAUGGUGACAUCCUGGUCCGCCUGUACCCGGAGUUGUGGUGGAGGUGUCCAGACUCGCAGGGUGACCUGUCAGAAGUUGAAAGCCUCUGGUAUUUCUACCCCAGUGUCCAAUGACAUGUGCACUCAACUGGCCAAGCGGCCUGUGGACACCCAGGCCUGUAACCAGCAGCUGUGUGUGGAAUGGGUUUUCUCCAACUGGGGCCAGUGCAAUGGGCCUUGCAUAGGCCCUCGCCUUGCUGUGCAGCAUAGACAGGUCUUCUGCCAGACCCGGGAUGGCAUCACCUUACCAUCAGAGCAGUGCAGUGCCCUCCCCAGGCCUGUGAGCACCCAAAACUGCUGGUCAGAGGCUUGCAGUGUACACUGGAGGGUCAGCCUCUGGACCCUGUGCACAGCAACCUGUGGCAACUAUGGCUUCCAGUCCCGGCGGGUGGAGUGUGUUCAUGUGCGCACCAACAAGGCUGUGCCUGAGCACCUGUGUUCCUGGGGACCCCGACCCGCCAACUGGCAACGCUGCAACAUCACUCCGUGUGAAAACAGUACGUUCCAAUCCCAAAGAACAUUCUGCAAAUUCCCUACAGGUCAUCGGGUACAGAGGGCAAUCCCUGGGACUGAGCCUGAACACAGGGCACUGGAUCAAGUUCCCUAAGGAUUGUGAGCUCGGGCCAGAAUUGAACAUUUUAGGUGGGGUACACGGGUGUGUGCAAGGAUGUGUAUACACAUGUUCAGACCACAAAAGAUGCCAGGAUGUGUCCCAAGGGCUUCCACUGUCUUCAUCCUGAGCCCUAAAAGAGCCAAGGGCUGGAUAAAAUUGGCCUCCAACACACCUGCAAUCUACCUGGCUGGUGCCCACAGGGGAAGACUAAACAAUGGUUCACAGAGACCAGGCUACUAAAGACAGAGCACUGUUAACCUUGAAGAAGCAUGCAGAAUGCCUGCCACUCAGCCAGCUCUGCACCCAUCACUACUCUGCUUCACACCAAACAAGGACCUGCUGACCCCCCCCCCUUCCCAGCCCAUGUACAUCCACUGGAAAGGAACAGGAGACUGUGCCCCUGGGUUCUGACAGUCAUCCAUCUGCUCCAUCCUCAGGUCUGGAGCCUCUCAGGCCCAUACCAGUAUUUGUAUUUUAGUAAGGUAGGGAUCUAGUCUCUCCACCUUAGAACCCAAAACCCAAGUGGUAGAUAUUUCCCCACAAAAAAAAAAAAAGUGAUGAUAAUCUUUUAUUGUCUAUUGAAUAGACAAUAAAAAAAAUAGGAGUCUAAUUCUUCCCCACCCCCACCCCCACUAAACUUCACUGGGCAGUCAGUUCACAACGCUGAGGCAGAAAGCCUGUAGGCACAUGACCCAUCCCUUCAGACACACUGGGAGAUGUAUGGUGGAUACUCUUGGGAAGUGCUGGUGUUCCUGUCAGAUGGUUGCCAUGCUCACAAGAGACUGGUUCACAGUGCAAGGAGUUACAAAAGCUUACCAGCUACAGGCUGCACCAGUGGUUAAGAACUGAAAUGCCACAGUGUCUGGAAGGCCUGGUAUGCUGAAGAACAAGAGGCCUGGAUAAAGAAAAGAAAGCUGAACAGGGAGAGGUCCAAGCACCUGAGGAUAUGGACCUUCAACCAAGUCCUUGUUUGCAUACUCUCUCACAAAGACCAGAAGUCUGUCCUUCUGGGAACAUCUCUCACGAAAAUAACAAAAGCCCACGGGGGAAAGGCCAGCAGGGAGAUGAGAUUAUCCCAAGAGGAAGGAUGUUAAGUCUAGCAGUCCGAAAUAGAAGUAGCUAUCAGAAGGAAGCAAAGAAGGUCCUGAGAUAUCCCCCCCCAUCAAUCACAACUGGUGGGGAGGGAAUGGCAAGGGGCUGAGCACUGCCAGAGGGAAGGCUGUCCAGAGGGCUGGAGAGCCAUGGCUGGGUAGACCCCCCACACACAGGCAGAUUGCCGAGUGCCUAGGCUGUUCAGCCGCAGCUGCAUCCAUGAGCCUCUGUUUCAUAUCUCCUUUCUGUCCCCCUCCUCCCCCUGCUUUCCCAGCUGAGUGCAGAGACACCACCAGGUACUGCGAGAAGGUGAGACAGUUGAAACUCUGCCAGCUCGGCCAGUUCCGAUCUCGCUGCUGUGGAACGUGUGGCAAAGCAUGAAGACAGGGCUCAGGGAUGAACUCUACCCUGGCCACACAAAGGACUCAUACAACCACCUUGGACAUGACUUUCGCUUUCUUCCUUUUAUUUAUUUAUUUGCCCCUCCCCACACACCCAUGUCCACCUGCACCCAUGCUUCUGAGGACCUUGGCAUGUGUUUUCUUAUUCAGUUAGCUGGAAGCAAGUGUUGAGAACAGAAAGAGAUGUCUACAGGAGGUUUGCAGAGCAGGCCAGGCAGACAGCAGCUCCCUUGCAGAGCUGACUCCUUCCUGAUCCAAGUCUCAGAGACACAGGAAGAGCAAGCCAUACUCUAUAAGAUCAGCAAGGAGUUUAUAACACAUAGGUACAGGCACAGGCCAAUCAGGAGUGCCGUUCCUUCAUUUCCUGGUGGUAAGAACAGGGGAGCAGCAUACUAGAGCUGAAACCAGGCUAGACUCCAGUUCUUCUGGUGGCGGGGUGGGAAGCCAAGAGAGAAGAGAACUGAGCUGUGGGCAGGUGCAUUAUGCCAAAAAAGACAAACAAAGGCAUAAGACAUACAGUGGUGCAUUAGACAGAAGCCGAAAGAGGGAGGGAGGGGAGGGGAGCUUUCGUGUGCUCCUCAGUGGGAGGAACUUGCAGGCAGGACAGAUUUUCAAGCAGCCACGUGAGAUCCAUAUGACAAGCCUGUGCCCUGGUAACAUGUGCACAGUCCUGCAGGUUCAACAGAGGUGAGGAAGGGUAUUCCAAGUCCUCUCGGGCAGCUAUGCUGCAUGACAGAAGGUGUGCCCUUCAUGAGCUUAUAUAAGUGUCUCUACCCCCUUCUAUCAAGUGACUUUUGUGUCUGCAGCUGUGGAAAACCCAACAAGGGGUCAGAGUUUAGCUGUGUGUAGUAAGGCUGCCCUUGGUAUAAUAUCAAGGGUCACUAGCCCUGAAGUAACUGCUGCUGUGGGUCAAGGGCAUUUGAGCAUGAGUACUCCUGUUUUUCCAUCUGAAUGACUUUGCUGCUCCUUGUUGGGCCAGGGACUAGAAUCACAGCUCACAAAGGAUUCAUUAAGCAACCUGUUUGCUGGCAAACAUCUACAGGGUGUGGGAAGCCUUGCCACCAGAGCUAGCCAGAGAGGACAGAGGGGGGUCGUGCCACGCCCACAGUGCACUUUCUCUCCCAGCCCUCACACUCUGGACCUGGGAGCCCUUCCUGAACCACAGAAGAGCUGCUGUGCACCCGAUUUACACAGCAGGCUGGGAGUAGGGAGUGUGAUGAGGUGCUAUGGCAAAGCCAGAAGACUCACAAGACAGCCCUCGAAAGCUUUGUAACCAUCCUCUCGGCUCCACGGAUACUAUGGUAGUUAGCAUACCAGACUGGGUAAAUGGACCACUCAGCCGGCUAAGCAUCACACACAGUUCAGCAACACGCAUUAGCUAUGGCUAGGGCUAAAACAGAAGCCCUCCGCAAAUCCUGUCUGCAGAGAAGCUUCCACAGCAAUAUUUGCUUCCUUCCUGAGCAGCCUUAGUUAAGCAGAUGAGGCAGGCAGAGCCUGGUAGCCAUCAGAUAAGCCGCUCACACACACACUCACCAAAUGCUAUCUCACCCCAGGGCCACCACUGACAUCAGGGCUGCAUUUCCCAGCCAGCCUGGAAGUUAAGCUUGGAAGACGAUGUUAAAUCUGUGCCUUCUUAGGUGUGCUACGGACAAUUAGGGUAAGCCUCUUCCUCAUCACAAAAAUAGGCUCUAAGAAAUUGUGUUAUUAAGAGUCAAUGUAAUGUUUAUUUAAAAUUAAAGAGAGUGUUUCUAUGUAUAUCUUUUGUGAAUAUUUAUUAGGAUUUCUUGUAUUAAAAAGUGCAAUAUUAGUAAUUGUACAUUGUCAUCCGGAAAAACAACUCUUUGGGGGAUUUUAUUAACUUCCUGCAGCUGUGUUCCUAAAAACUCUGUGGCAAUAAUUGUAUUCUUCCUAAUUUUAAAAAGAAACAAAACAGAUGUUUAACUCUGAUCCACUGUGUACAGAGUACCUUGUAAAAGCUAAUGUGGGAUUGGGGGAGAGCAAUGGAGUCAAUUUGUUUGUGACACUUGUUAUACAUAAAACGAACACAAAUUCUGUAAUACUAAUACAGUUGAUUAGUUCAGUAGCUAUUAAACAUUGGUGGGCAGUGUUUGAAUUUUCUAAAAAGCAGGCAUCUUCCAGCUCUGCCACCUGUGAGAAUGUGAGGUUGGAAGUGCCUUUCAGAACUAGUUGGAAAGCUUGGGUUUGGAGUGGAAAGCAGUGUGCUCCUUGCAUGACAUGAAUGUACAUUUAAUAUUUGUUCUGUGAAUUGAGACUCAGCAGUGCCACAAAUUACCAGGGCUGCUGGAUGAUGCGGAAGGAGACACUUCCUCCUCUAAAACACAAAACUGUAUUUAUAUUUUUUGUACAGAUAAUACAGCUUAUUUAUUUAAA